GGACGUGGACUUGGUGGAUUUGUUUGAGAUUAAGCACAAGAAGAAGAAGGAUAAAAAGUGGGAACACCUCAUGGCUGAAGAAAUACAUUCUCAGCUCAAGAAGAAGAAGGAGGAGGCUGAACAGGACCCCGUUCCAACACCAAAUCCUGACAUUGUCAUGGAGGUGUGGGGACCCCAGACGGGGCAUCGUCGAGGCAUAGGGCGGGUCAUCAGGCAGAUGGGUACCCAGACGUAUGACUAUACGCAUCUUAUAGAGGGACAACCACGUGCAGAAUUCAACUUGAACAAUGACCCACCUCAGACUAGCCAGAAUUCCUCCUUAUUUGAGGAAUUAUUUAACUAUGCUAGUUAUGCACAGACUCCUUUUCCUCCUCAGCCGUCCCAGCAGUUGCCCACAUCCCCUCAAUUCUCAGCCGGAUCGUAUCAUGUCAAUUUGGAUGAUGAUGAUGAUGAGAUUGAUGAUGCUCAUCAUUAGUAUUUUAUGGUUAUAAACAAUAUAUUUUAUAUCGUAUGAAUUAUGUUUG